ACAAGCAAACUUGGAAGUGGUUCUUAGAUCUACUACUUGAUGACAUUGAGAUGAGAGAUAGGACAGGGCUAACAAUCAUUUCUGACCAGCAUAAAGGUCUAGUUAAGGCUGUAAAGGAGAGAGCACCAGGAAGUGAGCAUAGGCAAUGUGCUAGGCACAUCUAUGCCAACUUUAAGAAAAAGUUUACGGGUGUUGAGUUUAAGAGGCUUUUUUGGAUUGCUGCAAAGUCUACAACACAAAAAACAUUUGAAGCUACAAUGAGGGAAAUUAGGCAACUUAGCAUAAAUGCUUAUGACCACUUGAUGUAAAGAGAUCCAAGCACAUGGUGUAGGGCAUUUUUUUUAGAAGAUAGGCGUUGUGAUGCCGUAGAGAAUGGCAUAUCAGAAUCCUUCAAUUCUGCAAUUGUAAAGGCAAGGAAAAAACCGAUAAUAACUAUGCUUGAAGAAAUUAGAGUCUAUGUCAUGGAGAGAAUGUUCAAUCAAAAGAAGAAGGGAGAAAAAUGGAACUUGCCAAUCUGUCCCUCCAUCAGAAGGAGGAUUAAGAAUUUGAAAAAAACACAAAGGUAUUGGGAAGUUACUCCAAGUGGUCCACAACAAUAUGAGGUCAGAUUAUUGCAUGAAGGAUAUGGAGUUGACUUGAACAACAGAACUUGUGCAUGCAGAUCCUGGCAGAUUAGUGGGAUACCGUGUUUGCAUGCCAUUGCAACAAUAUUGUUUUUGAAUGGGAAUGUAGAGGACUAUGUUUCAGUUUGGUUCACAACAGGCAUGUUUGGAAGUUGCUAUAGAUAUACAAUAAAACCAAUUAAUGGUGCUGAUUUAUGGCCAACUGUAGUUGCUAAUACCAUCUUGCCACCAAGACGUAGAAGGCUGCCUGGGAGACCAAAGGUGAACAGGAAGAAAUGUCUUACGAAAAGAAGGAAGGCAUAUUGUUAGUAAGAA